UACUUUGAAUUGAAGUCGUAAAAUAGCGCAGAGCGCAUGCGCAAUGGAGAUGGCGGUUUAGGGUGCGAAAUUCGAAAGCCCAGUGUAUUCAAGAAAAUAAGGGUUAAUCCGGCGUAAGCCAGGAUGAGUUGGGUAGCAGAUGAAUGGAAGGACGGGCUACCCCCAAGGGCUCUACAGAAGAUCGAACAGCUAGAAAAACAGUUUGAACGCAUUAAAAAAGAGAGAGAACAGAAGCAGUUUCAGUUAGAGAGUUUGGAACAGGCAUUACAAGCUCAGAAGCGGAAAACUGAGGAGGAAAAGAACCAACAAGGUGUGCUUAAACGUGAAGCACAGUCUUUGUCUGAAACAUGUGAGGAUUUAGAGAAGAAGAGGCAGAAACUUGCCCAGGAUAUUCAGACAAAGACCAACCAUGUGUCAUGUCUUGAAGGCCAAUUGUCACAUGCUAAACAGUCACUGGAUGCAGAGACUAACAAGGUGUCUCAGCUGAAGACAGAGCUAGACCACGCCCAACAUGAACAUCUUGAAGCUGUGAAGAAGUUUGAGAAACUAACAUCAGACCACAAUCGUCUGCAGGAAUUCAGCAGCCAUCAGAAGAAACAACUGGAGGACCGUAUCCGUUCACUGGAUGCUGAUGUACGACAGGAUGGGCAAAGAAUAGGAGGUGGAGGGGGUGGGAAACAAGUUCCCUCGCCUACCGCCGUACAACCCAGUGUGUCAAAUGCUGAAGUAAGUGCACUGAAGAAUCAAAUAGCAGAGCUGACAGCACUGAGACAGAAGGAUCAAGAUGAUCAGAAAAAGCUGCAGGAUGAACUCAAGGCUUUGCAGUCACAGGCUGGUACUGACAUGAGCAAGACUAUCUCUGAGUUGGAGACCCUGCGGCGAGAGAAGCAGGACCUGACACUGAAGCUGGAGAACCAGAGUGCUGCCACCAACAACCGCAUGCAGCAGAUGGGUCAGAGUCUCCAGGACAACCAGGGGAUGACCGGCAUGCAGCUGGACAAGAUGGAGCAGGUCCUAGGCAAACUGAAGAAGAGAAUGAAGGUCAGCAUCAUGCCAAACAGCUCUAGCAUGGCAAUCAAGAACGGCAGUGCUAACCUGGAACUACAGAUCCAGGCAAAGACAAAGGAGCUGCAUGAAAACAAUGGCCGCCUACAGAAGAUGCAAGUGGAGUUGAACAAAGCCGAGGCCAUGGUCGGGGACAAGGAGAAGCAGCUCAACCAGCAUCGCGAUGAAAUUGGAAAACUGAAAGUUCAGAUUGAGCAGACAAACAACAAGCGAGAGAAGGAGUUGAACAAGGACAUAGCUCAACACAUGGAUAUACUGCUCGAGGCUGGUGAAAAGCUGCUGGCAGAGACGAAGAACAAGAUGCAGCAGGAGAUCAAACAGUGUGAGACAGAGCAGAACCGUCUGAAGUCUCAAUGUGAGAAGCUUGAGCAGGAGAAACAGCAGCUGCAGAGGGAGAAGAAGGAGCUGACAGACAAGCUGGCAGCCAUCGACCACGCCCUCAAGACACAUGAUGCCUCCCUUGCAGCCAUGCAGAAGACUGUUGAUGAUGCAGUUGCUGAAAAGAACAAGGUUCUCCGUGACAUGGAGGAGACCCAGAGAAAGAUGGAGGCCACUCAGCAGCAGACACAGAAGAUGAAGGAGACCACAGACCGUGUAGACCAGGUUAAUAAUGAUCUGCGGGCCAAGAUGAUGGACAAGGAUCUUGAGCUUGAGAGUGCUACAGCUGAGUGUGAACGUUUGGCUGCCAGACUUGAGUCAGAGACUGUACAGAUGCAGCAGAAGAUCGAGGGGUUGGAGGCAGGGAAGGGAGAAGCGGAGGCUGGCCUUUCCAUGUCCAAGCUGGAUGUUCUCAAACUUAACAAGCAGUUUGUAGACCUCAAGUCAGAGAAGCAGAGUGUGGAACAGGCACUGGAGGAGAAAGAAAAGGAACUGGCUAAAAUGACAGCUCAGAAAUGUGAGAUGGAGAGACUCCACGAUGGCAUGAAGGGGCAGCUGGACCACCAGGCUGAUCGGUUUGACAAGCUUGCUCAUGAUCUGACAGAGAAAGAGAAUGAACUGAAGGACCUGACAAAUAGUCUCUGUCAGAGAGAUGCAGAGUUACACAAGAUGAAGAAUCAGAAUGAUGAAAAGGAUCUGGCUCUGCAGAACAAAGCUUCCAUUGUGGAAUCAAGGGAUCAAGAAAUUCACAAACUGAAGGACUCGCUCAAGGAAAUGGAUGAACAAAUAAUGCAAAAAGAUUCUGUGAACCAAGCCCAACAGGACAUGGGUCAGUUGCAGAAGGAGCUAACCUCUACUAAGCAUGAGUGUUCAACACUGAGAGCACAGGUGGAAGAACUGAGAUCUCAGCUGGAGAUCCAGCAGCAGUACCUGGCUGAACGUGAUGAGGAGAAUGGGUCACAAAAGAAAGAAAUUGAGAAGUUAAUCCAAGAGAUUAAAGAGACAUGUCAUUCUACAGAAGUGAGAGCCAAGUCCCUUCUGGAGGAAAAGGACAAGCUGGAGAAGCACUAUGAAGCUGUGUUAUGUGAAAGGGGGGAAGAAAUGGAAUCUAAAGUGUCCGAACUGAACAAAGUGAUACUUGAACUGGAUAAGGUCAGGCACUGCUUCUCCGAGCUGCAGAGGGAGCACGACAAUUUGAAGAUGAAGCACAGGGAAUUGAAUGAAGAAAAGGACAAUGUUGAAAAUACUUGUUCUGGUCUAGGUGAGCAGAUCGAGGACUUGAAGACCCAGAUUUCUUACAUCCAGGCUGACCAUUACACACAGAUGCAGAAUGUGAAGGCACAGUCUCAAACCAUGCAGGACAGUUAUAACAAACUGGAGGCAGAACACAAGAGUGCCUGUGACAAACUGUUGUUAGGAGACGGCCGUAUGACAGACCUGCAGGAGAAGCUGCAGGUGCUUGAACAGGAGAGGGAGGUCCUGGGGAAGAGACUGGAUCACUCUGAGAACACCAUUAAGCAGUUGCAGGAGACACACAGCUCUCGGGAUGUGACUAUAGAGAAAUUAAAGGCAACUUUGGCAGAGAAAGAAGAGGCUCUUGAUCUUCUCACUCGGGAGUUCGAAGCUAAGACUGCCACUCUCAACCACCAGGACAACCAACUCAAAGAUACACAAAGUGUCUGGGCGGAGCAGGAGAAAAAGCUUAGGGCCAGCUUGCAGGAGAAGAGUGAUGAGAUGGUGGCCAUGGGUCAGCAGCUUAGUCAGGUGGAGAAGGAACUGGAUGAGCUGAAGGAAGAGCACACAAGGCUUCUGGACCAGACACAACAGAACCAGGACCUCCAGACAAGAAAGGGAGGAGAAAUAGACACACUUAAAUCCAAGUUGACAGAUCAACAGGCUGAGAUGGCCAGGUUGGGAGAGAAGCUGUCUGAAACUGAGGCCAACUUUGAGACUCUGAAAUCACAACACGGUCACCAGAAAGAACAGCAUGAAGCCCAGGGUCAACAGCUGCACAAUCUGACAGAGAAUAUGAAAGCCAAGGAUAAUGAAUGGGAGAAGAGAAAUUGCAACAGGCGCAAUCUGCUUUGUCCCAGCAGAACAGCUGACAUGGAGAAACUUCAGUCUGAACAUGCUGAGCUCCAUUCUGAAUCUGAAAAGAACCUCAACAAGAUGUCUGAGGAGGAGCUUAGUCUGAAGGAGAAACUGAGGCAGAUGGAAGACGAGAAGGAGAAAUGUGACACUCUGUUGAAGCAGAAGGAUUGUGAUAAAGAAACUUUAUUGAAAGAAAUGUCUGAAAUGAAACAGCAGAAUGAUCAGAUGCAGGCAAAGCUGGACAUGAUGCAGAUGGACUUUGAAGACCAGGGUGAUGAUGUAGGAGAUCUCACAGUAAAACUACAACAAGCUCAGCAGGGAGUGGAGGAUCUUAAAAAGACUGUAGAAGAAAAGAUCUCUCAACUUGCUGAGAAACAGAAGGAAAUACUGGCAUUAUCGGAAGAGCUUGAGAAGUCCAAGCAUGAGCUUUCUGCCAUGACCAGCACUGUUACUGAGAUGAAACUUGAAGUGGAACAACAGUCAUCCAUUUCUCUGGAGAGGAAUUCCAAGCUGGAGGAAGAGCGACAAAACUUCUCUGAACUGAUCAACGAAUGUGAAAGUCUUAAGAAAUCCUUGGAUGAAGAAACAAGUAAGAACACUGAUAAUCAAAAGGAAAUUGAGAAAUUGAAUAACAGCCUAAGUGACAUGGAAGGCAAACUAGCCGGAAUGAAAAGUAAGAUGGAAGAAAAGGAACAUACUAUCAGUGAUCUAGAGGUGAAAUGUGCCAGAAUGUCUGAAACUGUUGACAUGACAACACAAGAGCUUCAGGAGAAGGACCAACUGGUUGUCAAACAAAAGGAUUCCCUGACAUCACUGGAAGAGAAGCUGAAGCUGCUUGUGUCUGAGAAGGAACAACUAUCAAUGGAACUGGGACAGGAACUCCAAACUCUGAAAGGCUGUACAGCUUCCCAGGAAGCAGCACUUGACAGUAAACAGGGAGAACUGAGCACAUUGAAAGGUCAUCAUGGUGAGCUGCAAAAUAUUUUGCAGGAGACUAAAGAUUGUUUGCAACAGAAAAAAGAAGAGUUAGAAAAAGUGUCUAAGGAAUGUGACCAACUUCAACAGUGCCUUGACAAGGCACAGGCUGACAUGGAAGAGAAGGACAAAUCAAUGCAGACCAUGAAAGAUUCUGUCACUUCCCUUGAAAGUAAACUUGCGCAGUAUACAAAGGCUAAAGAUGAAGAAGGUAGCAGGUUAGAACAGGAGUCUAACAGUCUCAAAUCAAACAUGGAGAUGCUCCAGAUGGAUCUUGAAGACAAAGAUGCCUGUAUUGAGGACCUCACUAUGAAAGUCAAUAAUCUGCAAGAGACAUUAGAUCAACUGAAGAAAGAUCAUGAUUCACUGAGUACAAGCAACAAACAGCUUCAAGCACAGAGAGAGAAGAUGGCUGGAGAACUGGAAGAAAGCCAGUCUGAAGUUGCACAUCUGACUGCCAGUGUCAAAGAGUGUUCCCAGAAAGCUGGAGAUGUCAAGGAUGAACUACAUGGCAAGAUGGCUGACUUGGAGGAACAAAAGGCUCAACUCUUGGCAGAGCAAAAAGAUAUCAUUAACAAGAUGGAAAAACUGGAAAAUGACCUCAGUGCUAAAGAGGAACAGAUUUCUGAGAAAGAAUUGCAGCUUGAGAAUAUAACAACUGAGCACAGUGAAACAUUGAAAAGGUUGUCAGACACUGAUAACAUGUUGUCUGAGUUGAAGAAGCAGAUGUCUGAUUCGGGAAUGUCAUUAGAGAAGACAUCUGAGGAAAGAAACAGCCUUCUCCAGAAGGUUAUUGAUCUAGAGAGUGACAGAUCAUCACAAGCAGCCAAUAUUGCAGCAUUAGAAAGGACCAUUGAUGAUAAGGUGAGCGAGAUCUGUAAUAUGAAAGCUAUGCUUGAUGGCAAAGAAAAGAGUGAGGAAGAUUUAAAGACUGAGAUUAAGGACUUGGAGGAAGAAGUGGCUCAAAAUAGGAGGUCAUUUGGUGAUGACCUGCAUGAGAAAGCAUCGGUCAUUCAGAAACUUGAGGAGAAACUUACUGCACUUGAAGAUAAGCUGAAGGAAGCAAAUCAAGAAAUUAAAGAGAUUAAAUCUGCCAAGGAGAAUCUAGAAGAAGCAGCAGAUACUGCAGAAGACAAUUACAAGGCUAAAUACCAGAAGCUUGACACAGAGAGGAAUCAGCUUGAAGCUCGGCUUAAAGAAGCAGAACUAAAAGAGGUUCAGUUGAAAGCAGAAAUUAACACUGCUCAGGCUGCCCUGGAGCAAGAACAGAUUCUGCGACAACAGUUGGAGAAAGAACAUGAGUGUAACAUGGACAACAAGGGCAAGGAGCAGGAAAAGCUGCAGCAAGCUCUGAAAUUGCAAGAAACAAGAAUAGAUCAACUCCUGGCUGAUAUAUCAGAUAAAGAAGGAAAACUCUCAGAACUGGAGCAGAAAGCUCUUCAAGAAACUGAUCUCAAGGGUUACUACAUGACAAAGAAUGAAACAGACACUGAAAGAAAUUUGGCAAAAAUGCAAGAAAUGGAACAAACUCUGUCUUCACUGGAAACUAAACUAAGUGACAGUGAGAGCAGCAGGUUGCAGUUGGAGAAAGAUAGUUAUGACCAGCUUAAGCAGAAGGAAACUGAGUUGAAAGAACUGAUAGCAAAACUGGAAACUGAAGAGAACAAAACAAGGAACACUCAAUUGCAAAAGGAAGAAGAAAUCAAAAUACUGAAGGAUGAUUUUAUGUCCAAAAGGGAAGAAGUUCAGCUGGAACUUGAAGUAUCAUCCAAAAGACAGUCUGAUCUCCAAACGGAGCUUGAAACACUCAGGAAGCAAUAUCAACAUCUUCAAGAUGCCCACAACAGUGCAUCUGUUGAAGGUGCCUCUAACAUUGCUGAAGUGCAGCAAGCCUUGGACUCACUGCAGGUAGUCAAGGAAGGGCUUGAGCAGGAUAAAGAGAAACUGUCUGAGGAUCUGGAGCAGCUGCAGCAACAGCUAGAGCAGAAGAACCAGAUUUUGGUGAAACUACAGACAGAAGUAGAUAAUGCAAACUUGCAGAUGAGCAAGACCGAGACAGACUUCCAAAGUGAGAAGCAGAUGCUUGAGGAUAAAGUUGCUGGCAUUACUUCUGAGUGUGUUCAAUUGCAACAAGAUCUUAAACAUGCUGAAAUGAAGAUUGAAACUUUCACAUCUGCUGACAAAGAGAAGGAGGGUGAGUUGUUAACCAAGGCGUCAAAACUCCAACAAAUAGAAGAUGAAAUGGAUGUUGUGAAAGAAGAAGUGUUGAUGUUAACUUCAAAGGUUGAAAGUCUUGAAGCUGAAACAGAAUUAUUGAAAGAACAAAACUCAAAAUUAAAUGCUGAACUGAAAGACUCAUUAACAUCAAACACUCUUCUUGAAAAGAAGUUAGCAGAUGCUCAGGGUGAAAUUGAAACACUAGAGAGGACCAAGGAAGAAGCAAGUGCAAAACUAGAUGGACAAAACACUGAUUUGACAGAAAGGUCCAGAGAUAUGAAAACUCUCCAGUCUGAAAAGGACCAACUGAAAAUUCAACUUGAGAGCACAGAGAAACGUCUUGAAGAACUACAAGCUGAGUACAAAGAUGCCCUUCAAGAGUUCAACACUGAAAAGGCAUCCUUGGCUGACAAACUGGAGGACCAGAAACAGCAGAUAGUUGACCUGAAGACUCAGAUACAGUGCCAUAACACAGAGAAGGACAUGCUGGAGAACAAGGUGACAGACCUGGAAGAACAGGUCAGGACCAUCACAGCAGAGAACUCACAACUAGCAACUGCAGCUGAUACAUCAGACCAGCUUGCCAAACAGACUAGGUCAAAGGAAGAAGAGGCUGCAGUUGUAAUCCAGUCACUUACAACUGAGCUUGAACAUUUAAAAUCUUCUGUUGAAAGUCUAGAAAAGGAGAAGAGUGUACUUGAAGAUAAGUGCUCAACAUCUGAAUCCUGUACUGUUGAAAAAGAGGAACAAAUUAAGGCAAUGACUGCAGAUUUGAAGAAUUUGGGCAACAAAGUUGAUGAAAGCAAUGCUACUAUUGACAGACUUAGGUCUGACAUUGAUGGUUUGAACAAAACCAUUGCUGACAUGGAACUGUCAUCUGAGGAGCUGAAGGCUGAAAUUCAGCAGGAGAAAGAACGUGUACGAUUAAAAGAACUUGAAAAGUCUGACCUUGUGAAGAACGUUGAUCAGCUAGAAAUGAGAAUACAAGAUUUUGCAAAAGAAUCAACUGAUUCAUCAGCAACGAUGAACAGUGUCCUUGAAGAUAAGACCGCCAAGAUCAAUAUGCUUUCAGAAGAAAUCAGUAAUGCAAGAAGUGAAAUUGAAGCUCUCAAGGCCGAAUUGAAACACAAAGUGGCCUCCCUGGAAAUGAAAGAGAAAGAGGUUUUGAGUACUCAAGAAGAACUGUUGACAGCAGAAAACAACAAGCAGACCUUUGAGGAACAGAUGACAACUCUUCAGGAGGAGAAGGCUGCCUUCCAAGAUCAGGUGCAGAGACUAGAGUCCACCAUUAGAGAGAUGGAAAGCAGUCAAACUCACAUGGAGGAGGAGAUGCAGGGAACACAAGCAGCGCUACAGAGCACACAGACCUUCUCUGACACCAUACAGGAACAGGUUGACCAGCUCACUCAGGACAGGAGUACUAUGCAGGAUAGUAUUGUCCAACUGAAAUCUGAGAAGGCUGAUUUAGAGGCCAGCCUUGAAGCAGCUAAUCAGAAUAUUGAGGAUCUAAAGGUUCAUCUGCAGCAACUAAAUGAGCAGAAGACAGAAUCUGUUGACAAGUUGAGUGAGGAAGCUGUCAGUUUCAAAGAAGAAAUAGAUCAUUUGAGAAAACAGAAUACAGACCUUGAGCAUCCACUCGAAAUUUCUGAAUCUAUCAAGAAAGUCAAUGAGGAGUUGUUGCAGAAGGAAACUGAAUUAGAAAAUGCAUGUAAAUGUACCUCUGAUUUGGAAGAGAAGUUGAAAGCUUCUGAAACACAGAAUUGUCAACUAAGAGCUGAAGUUGAUGCUAAGAUGGCAGAUCUUGAUGCCAUCAUUGAUGACAGAGAUCAUUUGUGUAACAAAGUGAAGUCACUAGAGAAUGAACUACAGAUGUUAGAGACGAAGUUUACCUCUGUAAAUAGUGAACUGACAAAUAGAAUAGAAGAAUUUGAUGUUGUGAGUGUUGAGAGAAUGGAACUGCAAGAGACUCUGACAACUGUCAACAGCGAGAAAGAAGAACUGAAUAAGAAGGUUGACAUGCAACUCACUUUUCUAGAAACAGCUAAACAGACGAUUGAGGAACUGCAGGGAGCCUUGGAUUCCCAAUCCCUAAGUGAAGCAGAGCACCAAAUGCAGGAGGACACUUUCAAGGGGGAUAUAACAAGACUUGAAAAAGAUAAAGCAUUAUUGGAGAAAGAAAACAAGGAGCUUGGGGAAAAGGUCAAAGAAAUGCUGGAAGAAAAGUCUAAGUUUGAGGCCGAAAAUGAAUCAUUCAUGUGUGCUAACAAUCAGAUGAAAGAUCAGGUGAACAGCGCAGAGAUGGAAAUGGCUGCCCUGAGAGAGGGAUGCUUGAAGUUGCAGGACUUCAUUAAGAAAAAUGAGAAGGACAACAACAAGACCAGGGAGAAGCUACAGGAGACGGAGAAGCUGCUGCAAGUGGCACAAGCCAAGGUGGAGGAGCUUCAGGAUCAGGCCAAGACUCUCUCUCAGGACAAGUCUGAGCUGAAGGUGCAGCUGGACGCUGUGCUAAAGGAGAAGUCAGGUGUAGAGGCUGACAUUGACAUGUUCAAAGAUGCCAUGGAGUCCAUGGAGAUGGAGGUCUCUUCUCUUGAAAUGGAGAAAACUAACUUCAAGACAGAAAGUGAAAGUUUGAAGAAAGAAUGUGAUGAACUGGUUAGGAAACUUGGCGAGAUGCAAAAGGAAGUGGACAAACUGGAAAGUACAAGAGAUGGUGUUAGUGAGAAAAUGGAAGCUGACUUGCAAAAAUUGCAGACUGAUAAUGAAAGACUGAAUGUGUGUGUGGAAUCACUGAAUGCGGAAAUAUUGGAAAGCCAGGAACGGUAUAAGAAGAUUUGUGAUAGUGAGAAUGGAUUAAGAGAUGACAAUAGAAAUCUGAAGACCAAAGUGAUGACACUUGAAAAAGAUCUAGAAGCAGAGAAAUUAAAGUGUCAGUCAGUAGCUGAGGAAAUUUCAUCUUUAAAACAAGAUGCAGAGGAAAUACAAACCAUUAGGUCUCAGGUGGAGAAGAAGUACAGUGCUCUUAGCAAAGAAAAUGAAGAUCUUCUGAGUCAGUUCCUUGCAAUAGAAGAAAAAACAGGACAACUGUCCAGUGAGAAAAAUGCUCUGGAACUUGAGCUAAAGGAAGAGUCUGAUAAGGUAAAGAGGCUAGAGUCUGACCUCCAGAAAGUUAACCAGUCCCUUCUCAAUAGUGAGAAGAAGAAGGAAGAAGCAGAGGACAAUCUUUCUGCCAUGGAGAUGGAACUAUCGGGACUAAAGUCAGAGCUCGAUGCUCUCCACAAGCAGGCAGAGUCCACUGCUGAGAUGCAGGAGAAGGGUCAUGCUGAACUGAAGGACAGGCUGGAGAAGUCAGAGAAAGAGCUACACAAUGCCCACCAGAAGCUGGGAGAUGUGGAGUUGGAGAGUCUGAAGGCAGAAGUAGCUGCUGCAGAGAAGAAAGUGAGUCAGAAGGAGAGUGAUCUCGAAAGCUUGAUGUCCAAACUUGUGGAGGCUGAGAAGCAUGCAGAACAGAGACUGACAGACUCUGAGGCCCUGUGGCAGGAGAAGAUGGCAAGUCAUGACAAACAGCAUGAGGAGAAUGUGAGCAGGCUCGAGCAGGAGAUGGAGCGGGUGAGGACUGCACUGGGAGAGAGAGAGGAGCUGCUGAAGGGGGUCAGGUCAACUCUGGGGGACACACAGAAGGACCUGGAUGGACUCAGGACAUCCCUGCAGGAGAGGGAAGAGCAGCUUGAGACUUUGAGGAUGUCUCUUGAUGACAAAGACAGGGAGCUUCAGGGGGCUCGUGAACAAUUGAACUCUGCUGUCGGACCUUCCAGUAACACAGAUAUAUUGCACAAGUGGGAAAGCCAGUGUUCUAAUCUCCAAUCACAGUUAUCGGCAGAAAAAUCAAAGGUGAAACGCCUUACUGAUCAGAUGAAGAAGAUGAAGGCUCAGACAGAAGAUGCAGGCUCACAGGGUUUGCAGGAGAAGGUGAAUGAACUAUCCAGUCAGCUGGAAGAACACAUAGAGAAAGAAAAGGAGGCGUGUCGGAAGCAGUUUGCCCUUGUCACAGAAAACAACAAGCUGAAGGGUGACUGCGCCAGACAGAAGAGUCUCAUCUCAUCCAUGGCAAUUGCAAUGAAGAACCAGACCAUGGGCAACAAACAGGUGGCUAUGGAAGACAAGGUUGUUGAUAGUGUGCAGAAGUCAACUGACACCGUGCCUGGUGAGGCAACAGUUCCUGCAGGAGAUCUCACCACACCAGACCAAAAGCAUAAUAAUGACACUAGAAGUCCUAACUCUACAGACAAUGAGAGGAAAACACGACUCAGGACGAUAAAGGCACCAAGUGUAACCAGAAAAUGUGCUUCAAGAGAAGUGACUCCUAAUUCUAGGGAUGUAUCACAAACUGAUGUGUCUGAGGUUCCGUGUAAAACAAGAAAAUGUACACCAACUGAGACUAAUCUCCCCAGCAAGAGGACAAGGUUGCAGAAGUUACCAGCACCAAGUGCAGUGAGAAAAUGUGCCUCAAGGGAGGUAACUCCAAACAAACUGUGUAUUGACACAGCACCAUCUGACAAGUGUGCUUCAAUAGAAGAGUCUUCUGAUACUAAAGAGACAGGCAGCCAGCUGACGGUCAAGAGGACUUCACUGCCAAAGAGGAAGAGUGAUCAAAAUGAAGAUGUUAUUGCAACCAAAAGACGAAAGGAGGAUCCGUGUCAGGACACAAAUAAUGCACCAGAUGCAACACCUAAAACCUCUGACAGUGGAGAGGGUAAACCAGCAGCUAAAAGGACGUUACUAGCUUCUCGAAUUCGGCCACGAAGUCAACUGCCCCGGUCAGGUCCAUCAGCAGUAACAACAGCACCUCCAUCUGAACCACCAGCCUCAUCAACAUCUACAUCUUCUGGUCUUCCUCGUACCAUGAUGACGAGGAGACAGAGCAAGAUUGAAAUCAAGGCUCCAGUCGCAGUUAGGCCCCUUGGCUCAAUCACAAACAGCCCACAGAAGAAAGCUCCCUCCGCUCUCCAAGAGCCACCUAAACGAGUCAGUACCCUCAGCCUCAACAAAAGUCCAGAGCUGAAGCACCUGCGACGUACAAGGCAGCAGAAACAACUUGAGCAACAAACUGAUCAGCAGGGUGGAGAUGGGGACGCCAAGAAAGACUGCAAAGUGCAAUAGCUGAUGUCAUUACAGAUAUCCACAGUACUGCAAGGUGCAUGCAGGAGUUACAUGAAACAACACAUGAACCACUGCACCAUGCUGUUAUCACAAAUAACAGUCUGUCUCUAAUGUUCCUGUUACAUACAAGGUCCCAAGAACAAGAACUUUCUCAAGAACUUAGUUCUAUUCAUUCCUAUAAACCACAAUUCCAUCUGGACACCCAUUCAGGGCU